UUGCUGGCGGAGAAAGUAUCAGUGGCGGCGGCGGUGCUUCACCUCCGGCUACAAACAGGAAGCUCGUCCGCGGUGCGGGGCUUCCACCUGAGACUGGAGACACUCGGCCAGAUGAUCGCCUCUUACUCGACUCUUUUACGCCCGAUACUAAUCUUGUCGUAAACCGUGACGAGGUUUGUUUUCUUGCAACGCUGUCUAAAGUCCUUCCAAGAAGGGUGACCCAAGGUCCUUAUGGUUGAGGUGGUGUGUGCUACCUCUUGCCAUGCCUCCAGCCAUGACAGACCUCCUGGACAUAUGGGCAGACCAUUCGCCCUUGGCUGGCCAUGCCCCGGACCAAAUCACGGUAGAUUUCUUGCUUCCCACUGGUAUCUACAUUCAAAUGGAUGUUCCACGCGAGGCCACCUUUCAACAUAUCAAACUGCUCUUAUGGAAACACGCUCAGACAUUCCCCUUGUUUCCUGCCUUGGGCGAGAUGGAAAGCCACAUGUUCCAGUGUGUCAACCAGACGGCCGUGCACGAAGAACUAGAAGAUGAAACGAGGAGACUUUGUGAUGUUCGUCCCUUCUUACCGGUUCUCAAGUUGGUGACACGCAACUGCGGUCGAGCUGAACGGCUGCUGGAUUCCAAAAUUGGUGUGCUUAUUGGCAAGGGCCUUCAUGAACUCGAUGGCAUGAAUGACCAGGAAGUAAAAGACUUUCGCUGUAAAAUGUCUCGCAUCAGUGAAGAGAGAAUGCAACGUCUCCAGAUGAUGACAUGGACAGAGUGGUUGCAGGCAUGUUUUUGCCCACAGCUUGAGCCUUGGAUCAGCAAAGAUGGACUCAAUGACUGCUCAGCUACCUUAAAAGUCAUCAUCCAUGUUGACCAAUCUCAGGAUUCUGCCUGUUUGAAAGUGCCUGCAUCCUGCAACGCUGUCGAGCUGAUAGAACUGGCUGUAAGGAAGUGGUUGACCACUCAUGGGCAUGAGGAGGAGGCAUGGAGAGGACAGUAUGUCCUGAGAGUCAGCCAUUGCAUGGAGUUCCUCUGUGGAGACCAUGCGCUCUGUGAAUACAAGUAUAUACGCACAUGUAUGCAGGCAAGGGACUCUCCACACCUUACCUUGGUUUCCUCCAGUACAGUCAAGGCCAUGUUUGAAAAGGAAAUCACCGCCAUUGGAGCAGUAGUCAGUCGCAAGUCCUCUAACCCACCUCUGCCCCUACCUCCAAAAAGAAGGGUUCCCAUGGUGAGUCACUCAUGUGCUUCAUUCUCGAGAAGCUGGAAAAAGCAAGCACAGACUUGUGUGUGGGACGUGCCAAGCCCGUUUAAGAUAGUUCUAUUGAAAGGCUGCAAGGUGAAUGCGGAGGAGACUGCUAAGGUCCAGGUCAGGGCCGGGCUUUUUCACGGAACAGAGCUUUUAUGCAAACCAGCUGUGAGCAGCGAGAGCAACGGCCGCUCAGAGCACACGUGGAAAGACAGCACAUUAGAGUUUGACAUCUCGGUCUGUGACCUGCCGCGGAUGACACGCCUGUGCUUUGCCAUCUAUGCCGUCAUGGAUAAGGUCAAGAAGCAGAAGUCUACCAAAAACGCCCAUCCAAACAAGUACCAGACCAUUCGCAAAGCAGGGAAAGUGCACUACCCCAUAGCCUGGGUGAACACAAUGGUGUUUGACUACAAAGGUCAGCUAAAGAUGGGAGAUAUCAUCCUUCACUGCUGGUCUUCGUUUCCUGAUGAACUUGAAGAGAUGCUGAAUCCCAUUGGAACUAUUCAGACCAAUCCAUUCACAGAAAACGCCACAGCUCUGCACAUCAAUUUCCUCGAAUACUCACCGCACCCCAUCAUUUUCCCUCCCUUUGACAAGAUCCUGGAAAAGGCUGCUGAGAUUGCUAGAGCAAGUGACUGUGCACCAAUGGGUCGUGGCGGUAAGAAGUUCCACAUUGAGCUGAAGGAGAUCAUGGAGCGGGAUGCACUCUCUCAGCUAUGUGAGAAUGAGAAGGACUUGAUCUGGACACUACGCCACGACUGCCGAGAAAAUUUCCCUCAGUCACUGCCCAAGCUGCUGCUCUCCGUCAAGUGGAGCAAACACGAGGACAUGGCCCAGCUGCAAGCACUGCUUCAGAUUUGGCCCAAACUGUGUCCAAGAGACGCACUGGAGCUUCUGGAUUUUAACUAUCCAGAUCAAUAUGUCAGAGAGUAUGCUGUACGCUGCUUGUAUGAUAUGAGUAACGAAGAGCUGUCACAGUACUUGCUUCAGUUGGUUCAGGUGUUGCGUUAUGAGCCCUAUUAUGACUGCGCCCUUACCCACUUCCUGCUGGAGCGAGCCCAAGGAAAUCGCAAGAUAGGGCACUUCCUCUUCUGGCACUUAAGGUCAGAAAUCCACAUGCCUGCUGUUUCAGUUCAGUUUGCCCUCAUGCUCGAAGCCUACUGUAGAGGCAGUAUCCCUCAUAUUGAGGUUCUAAAGAAACAGGUGGAAGCCCUGAGUAAGCUAAAGUCAGUGAAUGAGCUAAUAAAGCUGGGAACCAUGAAGAAUGCUCGGAGUAAGUUGACCAAGGAGGCCAUGAUGACUUGCCUAAAGCAGAGUGGCUACUCAGAGACUCUGUCGGACCUGCACUCUCCUCUAAAUCCCAACAUCCUGCUGUCAGGCAUGAAUGUGCAAAAGUGUCGCUACAUGGACUCCAAGAUGAAGCCGCUCUGGAUUGUUUACAACAACAAGCUGCUGGCAGGAGACACCUUAGGAAUCAUCUUUAAGAAUGGGGAUGACCUAAGACAAGAUAUGUUGACACUGCAGAUUUUGCGGUUAAUGGAUUUGCUAUGGAAGGAGGCUAAUCUCGAUCUCAGGGUAGUACCAUAUGGUUGCCUAGCGACAGGUGACCGGGCAGGGCUGAUUGAAGUUGUGUCAUCGGCUGACACGAUUGCCAAUAUCCAGUUGACCAGCUCCAAUGUGGCAGCCACUGCCGCAUUCAAUAAGGAUGCUCUGCUCAACUGGCUCAAGGAACGCAACUCUGGAGAUGCUCUUGAUCGGGCCAUUGAGGAGUUCACCUUGUCAUGUGCAGGCUACUGUGUAGCCACAUAUGUCCUCGGCAUUGGGGACCGCCACAGUGACAACAUCAUGGUCCGCAGCACUGGGCAGCUCUUCCACAUAGACUUUGGUCACAUACUGGGCAACUUCAAGUCAAAGUUUGGCAUAAAGAGGGAACGUGUGCCAUUCAUCCUCACACACGACUUUAUCCACGUCAUACAACAGGGCAAAACUGGGUACACUGAAAAAUUUGGCAGCUUCCGUCAGUACUGUGAGGAGGCUUAUCUCAUCUUGAGGAAGAAUGGGAACCUCUUCAUCACCCUGUUUGCCCUCAUGCUUACCGCUGGCCUGCCUGAGCUCACUUCGGUCAAAGACAUCCAAUACCUGAAGGAUUCCUUGGCUUUGGGCAAAACAGACGAAGAGGCACUCAAACAGUUCCGGCAGAAAUUUGAUGAGGCUCUGAGAGAGAGCUGGACAACCAAAGUCAACUGGAUGGCCCACAAUGUUGCCAAAGACAACCGCUCCUAGAGCACCAGAGACACGUUGAAGGCAAGGAUGGAUCCACAUCACAGGCUGAUCCGGUGUCGCUCUUUGGCAUUAGGUGUGAUGUCUUUGCCACAUGUACUGUAGAAGCGAAUGGGUACAUGGUCUCACCACAGCCCCAUGUUCCUUCAAACAUUCCUCUAUACUUUAAAGGACCAUCAACACCAACAGGAAGUACAGCUUGGCAGUGGGGCUAUAAGUGUACCCCAUUUCUUAGGCGGAUUGUAUUUUUUUAUUUGAGAUGCCUUUAUUGCUCUUCUCCUCAUUCUAGGAGACUUUGAUGGGAGUGAGCCUUUUGUCCUUAUUUUACAAUGGUUGACUUGAAUCAAAUUGGACCUUUAAACACUGGAACAUUUUUGAAAGAAAUGUGAGAUGGCUUUUUUCCCCGAAAGUCCAAUCAAGUCCAAAACAAUAAUUACUAUGAAUGCAAUCUAUUUUGUUUAAAAAAUAUAUAAUAAUAACCCGCCACCCAACGACAAUUGGACUUGCUGAGAAAUAACAAAAAGCAAAUGUUUUUGUUGCCGACUUUAUUCAUGAAUGUGCCACUUUUUCCCAGGAGCGGUUUUUAUAUUGGGCGAUUAUUUUGACAGGGUGCACCCCCCAAGGAUCUGUCUCUGUAUUUUGUGCAAUAUCCAUCAAUGAGUAUAUAAACCAUAUCUACAUGUAGAAAAUCCCUACGGUCUUGGCCUAUCUUUUUUUUUUUUUUUUUGUGUAGCAACUGUAGUUUGCACCACUAGCCAUUGACAGUCUUAGUUAGACACUGGAUGUUGUCAAAUGUACAGAAUUUUAUUGUUGUUUGCUGUUAUUCAUAGGAGUUCUAUUAAUAAGUUUUAUUAAUUAAAGGUUAUUUUCCCCUGUGCUGCA